CGACUCCAAAAAACCACCCUCACGAGACUCGACUUCCCGUGCCAAAACCGCCAAUAUGAGACCGACUCAGAUGCUCCGAAGCGGCGCUGCCGACCCCAAGAACGGACACUACAUUGGUAACUGGGGCCACUUUGGUGGUGAGAAGCAGCGAGGUAUCAUCACCUACGGUCUGUCCGCCAACCGACAGAACCCCUGGGCUGGCUCCUUCAACGACGCCAUCUUCAACACUUUCCGCCGCACCAAGGGCCAAAUCUUCUUCUGGCUCCCUCCCAUGGUUGCCGGUUACUGGAUGAUGAGCUGGGCCAUCGAGCGAAGCGAGUACCUUAACUCCAAGGCUGGUCGUGCCGAGUUCGGUGACGAGGAGGAGUAAAUUGGUUAGAUACUGGCAGCAAAACCACGGCGGAUGUUUUGGGGUAGGUCCUCUGGACUCAUUGUACAUCAUCAAUACCUAGAUCAGGAGGUGCAAUAGACAUUUGUCACAAUAUUUAUUUAUACUUGAUAUUCGUCUCUAUGAAUUGCGAAGACAAUCU